AUGGCCUGCACUCUUGAUGGUCUUUAUUUUCGUUACACCAAACGCUGGCCACUCGUUCAAGUGAUGUUGCCAUUUCUCUUGUGUGCUUCAAUCACCCACCUCGGUGACUAUCUAUCGGAUCUCACAGGCACUUCGAUAACAAAAGAGGAUUUUAUGGAAAGCAUUCUGCUAUUGACUUGUGCUCUCGAUUUCGUCACAAAUCGAAAUCUUAACAAGGUCAUCUCAACAUCU